AUGACAGCAAAGGGCUCCCUACCUAGGGACCGUAUCUCCAGGCGACUUAUCAGCGACAAGCCCAAACUAUAUCUCAACUAUGGUAGUAGAAGAGACACGGUGAUGUUUAGCUCAUGGGUAUUUGUUGUCACCUCACUAGGCAAAACCAUCACACUGACCUCGCGCACUGAAAUUCACAAACUACAAGACACGAGUAGAUGGAACCUUGACUCCUUCAAGGACAGUCUCUUAAGACAGUUUAAGGAGAGCUGUCAUGCGCUCUUCAAGAACAACACUAUACCAGUCAUUAUACCAGUCAUUAUACCAGUCAUUAUACCAGUCAUUAUACCAGUCAUUAUACCAGUCAUUAUACCAGCCAUUAUACCAGUCAUUAUACCAGUCAUUAUACCAGUCAUUAUACCAGUCAUUAUAUCAGUCAUUAUAUCAGUCAUGAUACCAGUCAUGAUACCAGUCAUUAUACCAGUCAUUAUACCAGUCAUUAUACCAGUCAUUAUAUCAGUCAUUAUACCAGUCAUGAUACCAGUCAUUAUACCAGUCAUUAUAACAGUCAUUAUACCAGUCAUUAUACCCGUCAUUUUACCAGUCAUUAUACCAGUCGUUAUACCAGUCAUUAUACCAGUCAUUAUCGACAGCAAAGGUCUCCCUGGCCUUAGGGGCCUUAUCUCCAGGCUACUCAUCAGCGACAAGCCCAAACUAUUUCUCAACUACGGUAGUAAAGAAGACACGAACAACACUAUACCAGUCAUUAUAGCAGUCAUUAUAGCAGUCAUUAUCCCAGUCAUUGUACCAGUCAUUAUACCAGACAUUAUACCAGACAUUAUACCAGUCAUUAUAUCAGUCAUUAUACCAGUCAUUUCACCAGUCAUUAUACCAGUCAUUAUACCAGUCAUUAUACCAGUCAUUAUACCAGUCAUUAUGCCAGUCAUUAUACCAGUCAUUAUAUUAGUCAUUAUAACAAUCAUUAUACUAGUCAUUAUACCCGUCACUAUACCAGUCAUUAUACCAGUCAUUAUACCAGUCAUUAUAUUAGUCAUUAUACCAAUCAUUAUACUAGUCAUUAUACUAGUCAUUAUACCAGUCAUUAUACCACUCAUUAUUACAUUCAUUAUACCAGUCACUAUACCAGUCAUUAUAACAGUCAUUAUACAAGUCAUUAUACAAGUCAUUAUACCAGUCAUUAUACCAGUCAUUAAACCAGUCAUUAUACCAGUUAUUAAUGACAGCAAAGGGCUCCCUCCCUAG